AUGGAGUCAAAUGUAGCCUCUACCGGAGUUCAGCAAUUAAGCUCGGCGCAGAAAACUGGUGGUGGCAGCGGCGACGGCGUCAGCGGACAAUCGGAGGUGAUGAUCGACUACGGUAAAAGCAUUAAUCCGCUGAUGCACUUGUACAAGAUGAUGCCACAAUUCGAGGAUGCUUGUCUUUCUUGCAUGUCCCAACAGGUGAACAAUGAUGGAGCAAUGCAAUUGGUUCCCGAGAUAAAGGUGACACUGAAACAGUUGCUGGAAAAAAUCUCUCACUACUUAGCAACAUUGGAUGAGAAGUUGAAGAAGCACUACAACUCCGAUGAUAAUGAGGAUGAUGCUCCAUCAAAGAAGCUGAAUAAGAAGAAGAGGCCGUUACUCCAUCACGCUACUCACUCACCAUCUUCUUUCAAGUACUCAUCACCUCUCUUUUUUCCUCUUUAAUUUCCACCACCAUUUCCUUAUUUUUUUUCUUCUCAAUUAUUUAUUUAUAGAAGUGAUAAGGCUUUCCCAUGUUCCAUUCUACUGUACGUGCUGCCUCCCAUUGAGUUGUGCAAUAGCAUAUAUAGAGGCCGCACGAGUGGGUAAUAAUAAUCUCUUAUCUUUUAUUUUAU